AGCCUCGAUGACGUGUGCGGCCGUCAAAUGCGACCUCCGGAGGAUGCAGCCUUCAGCCUAUGAUUCAAACCACUCACUGCACGCAAAUUCAUGUGUGAUUACAACAAAUGUCCAAAAAGGGAAGCAUGUCUAGCACUGGGGGUGGGAAGCGCCCCUCAGGAGGGGAUAGUCCCCCUGGCCCUCCUGAAAAAAAGGUGAAAAAAGAGGAGAAGACUACUACCACUCUCAUAGAGCCCAUCCGCAUCGGAGGAGUUUCUUCUACGGAGGAGAUGGACAUGAAGGUUAUUCAGUUCAAGAACAAGAAGCUCUGUGAACGCCUUGAACAGAGACAGGCUUUGGAGGAUGAAUUGAGAGAGAAGAUAGAGAAGCUGGAGAAGAGGCAGGCCACUGAUGACACCACCCUGCUCAUUGUCAACCGUUGCUGGACUCAGCUCGAGGAAAAUAUUCAUGAGCUGCUGCAGCGCGUGGAGCCUAAGGAUGCCCCGGUGCCUGUUCAAACUCCUGCUACUCCACCUGUUCCUGCAGAUGUCCCUGUUCUUGCUGCAGCCACAUCACCAGCUCCUGAACCGUCUGCUCCUUUGCCAGCUACAGGGGAAGGGGAUGACAGCCUCCCCCAGCCUCCACCUACAGCUGAGGAGGUGCAGGAAGAACAGCAACAGCCAGUGCAAGACAAGGAACAAGAGCAAAAACAGCAGCUGCCUGACACAGAGGUGAAGCCACCUGAGGAACCAGUGGAAGAUGGAAUUCCCGCCCCGCCACCUACACCACCUCUCAGUGAGAACGCAAAGGCUUUCCUGGCCACUCUGGAUAACAGUAGUGAGGAGGAACUCACUCUGCAGCUGCAGGACAGGAUGCAGUUCAGCAAGGGGGCUGUGGCCUGCAUGGUCUGCAUCUUUGAUCGUCUGCACAGCAGCAUUGAGGAGCUGUGUACUCGCGUGGAAACGGCUGUUUGUGAGGAUGACAGUCAGCAAGAGAAAAUUUCCACAAACCACACACUUCUAGAGGAGAAUAAUCGGCUGCAAGACCUCGCUUCCUCCCUUCAGGGGAGGCACCACAAAAUGUCAUUGGAGUAUAAUGAACUAGUUGACAAAGUUACAAGUUCUGAGACUAAAGUGUCUGAGAUGGAAACUGCUGUGGAGGACCUACAGUGGGAUAUAGAGAAACUCCGGAAGAGAGAGCAGAAGCUGAACAAGCACUUAGCAGAAGCUUUGGAGCAGCUUAAUUCAGGUUACCAUGCCACAGGCAGUUCUGGUGGAUUACCAGGGGGUCAGAUCACACUCCCUAUACAGAAGUUUGAGUCUCUUAAUGCAGAGCUGGAGCAGAAUCAAGAGCUUGCCAACAGCCGCAUGGCAGAACUUGAGAAACUGCAGCAAGAGUUACAGGAAGCCGUUCGGGAGAGUGAGAAACUAAAGAUGGAUCUAAGAAAUAUACCAGAGGAAGUGUUGAAGGAGACUCCAGAGUACAAGUGCAUCCAAUCACAAUUCUCUCUGCUGUACAAUGAGUCUCUGAGUGUGAAGACCCAACUGGAUGAAGCCAGAGCCCUGCUGCUCACUGCCAAGAAUGCUCACCUGCGGCAAAUAGAGCACAUGGAGAGUGAUGAGUUGUCUCUUCAGAAGAAGUUGCGCACUGAGGUCAUCCAGUUAGAGGAUACUCUGGCCCAGGUGCGCAAGGAAUAUGAAAUGCUACGAAUCGAGUUUGAACAGAAUCUUGCAGCCAAUGAGCAAGCAGGCCCAAUAAACAGAGAAAUGAGACACUUAAUCAGCAGUCUGCAGAACCAUAAUCACCAGCUCAAAGGGGAUGUGCAGAGAUAUAAGAGGAAACUACGUGAGACACAGAUGGAAAUCAACAAGUUGAAGUGCCAGAGUGGGGAUGCAGGUACGCUGAUGUUGGAAGAAAGUGUGGGUGAUGGAGGACUGGAGGUUAAGAAAGAGGAAGAUGAAGACCAGGAGGAGAAGGAAGAGAGGAGGAGAGAGCUGGAAAGGCAGCGAGCUCGGGAGAGAGAGAGGGAGGCUGAGAGAGAGAGGGAGAGAGAGAAGGAGCGUGAGAGACAGCGCAGUGAGGAGCUGAAGAGGAAGGACUCUGACACACUGAAGAUGCUCAGAGGAGAGCUCAAAAAAGCUCAGGAGUCUCAGAAGGAAAUGAAACUGCUGCUAGACAUGUACAAAUCAGCCCCAAAAGAGCAGCGGGACAAAGUGCAGCUCAUGGCAGCAGAGAAGAAGUCCAAAGCGGAGGUGGAGGAGUUGAGGCAGCGAGUGCGGGAACUGGAGGAGAGAGAAAGGAAGGAGAGCAAAAAGCUUGCAGAUGAAGAUGCUCUCCGUAAGAUCCGUGUAGCUGAAGAGACCAUCGAACACUUGCAGAAAAAGCUGGCUGCUACUAAACAGGAGGAAGAGGCUCUGCUGAGUGAGAUGGAUGUGACGGGACAAGCGUUUGAAGACAUGCAGGAACAGAACAGCAGGCUCAUGCAGCAGCUUCGAGAGAAAGACGAUGCCAACUUCAAACUGAUGAGUGAGAGAAUCAAAUCCAACCAGAUUUACAAGCUUCUGCGGGAGGAGAAAGAGGAGCUGGCGGAUCAGGUGCUCACUUUCAAAACCCAGGUGGACGCACAGCUGCUGGUAGUGCAGAAGCUGGAAGAGAAGGAAGGUGUCCUGCAGAGUUCACUAGCCGGUCUGGAGAAAGAGCUGGCAUUGCGCAUUCAAGCACUGGAACUCAACAAGCGCAAGGCGGUGGAGGCGGCCCAGUUGGCAGAGGACCUUAAAGUGCAGCUGGAGCACACUCAGACCAAGCUGAGGGAGAUCCAAGCCUCUGUGCUGGACAACCGCACUGCCCGUGAGAGGGAGAGUGUCAACCUCAAGAAAGCACAGGAGGACUUGUCCAGACUGCGGCGUAAGCUGGAGAAACAGAAGAAAGUGGAGGUGUAUACAGAUGCUGAUGAGAUUCUUCAAGAAGAAAUUAAUCAGUAUAAGGCUAAAUUACGUUGUCCCUGUUGUAACACCCGGGAUAAGGAGACUGUGCUCACCAAGUGUUUCCAUGUCUUCUGCUAUGAAUGCUUGAAGACGCGUUACGACACUCGCCAGAGGAAGUGCCCCAAAUGCAAUGCUGCAUUCGGAGCGAAUGACUUCCACCGCAUCUACAUCACCUAAUUUUAUGUGGACGGUUUGAUGGACUGAAAACCGUAGAUGAGAAAAGAAGUGAUGAGAGUGGACUCAUAAGAACAUGGCAACCAUGCUGUGGUGUUUUAAUAUGCUCUAAAGGGCCACUUUCACUCUCAAAUGUAAUAGGUGGCACUAGUGACCAAACAGACAGUGACAGAGUGGAAACAGUUGUGAUGUAUUAAUGAAGUAGUCAUGGUCUGUAGCACGCAAGCAGUGCUCCUUCAUUGCAGAAGAAUCCAUUGAGUUCUGUCUCCCUUUUCCUGUGUUCUUUAAAGUUCUACAACUAAAAAAAAUGUGUACAUUAUUUUUUCUGGAGAUGUUCUUCAUUCACCAUAAAAUGAGCAAAGACUUG